GCUGGCAAACGAAAUGAGAUCUUUAUGGGAAAAGAUCCAAGAGAUUGAAAGAAAUCUCAAGAAAAAUGGCAGAGGAACUGACCCUUGGAUGGAGGAAGAAAAUUACUACUUAGGGAGUAUUGUAAAAGAUUUGUAAGCAAAUCAGAAAAAGACAAGAGGAAAUGAGUGGAAAGAAGACAGACCUCAAAGUAAUAUACAAAGAGCUCAUGAAAAUGUCCUAUAAACCAGAUGUGGAGCUACUCCAGGAAUUGGGAGACAAACUGAAAUGGAGCGAGUCAGCACAGCUGCACAUGCCUCAGCCUCUGCUGCCGGAACUCCGUGCACGACCCAUCACUGGGCUGAUGGACUGGCUCAACCGCUUCCGAGUAACAAUUUCAUUCAAUAAUGAAGUAAGCAGCCAGCACAUCAGGCUGUUUGAUGAUGCAAGAAGUUUGAAGUAUGAGCAUGACACCCUCUAUGUGUCUUUGGAUGGCAGAACAUCGCAGUAUUUUGCUGCAUGGGGAUCCCGGGGCUUCACUUCUGGCAAACAGUACUGGGAGGUGGAUGUGGACAGCUCUUGGGACUGGGCUGUAGGUGUGUGUAAGGAUUCCUGGACAAGGAAGGAUGACGGCAUACUGAAGGAAUCCAACAGGGACAACUUUCUCCUUGUGUGUGUGAAGGAGGGUCAUCAUUACCGUCUCUGGACCACCAUCCCGAACACUCCUCUGUACAUAGAGAAACCUCAGGGCAGGGUUGGCGUGUUCCUUGAUUUUGACAGUGGGAGUAUGGGUUUUGUGGACGUUGCCAGGCGCUCCCUCCUUUGGAGGUACGAGGAUGGCUUGUUCACUUUCCCUGUCAGGCCUUUCAUUUGCUCUGGCCACCCGUGAGCAGGGCUAAGUCAGGACCCGGACUGGAUGCUCAGGACUCCUUCUCUGAGGGAACCCUUCUCAGCUGCAGCAAAUCAAGGUUACUUCAUUGUCUUCAGGCUCUUUCUACUGCAAUGGAACCUCCUUUUAUUGCUAUUUGUUAUAAAGACAGUGUCAAAUGCAAAUUUUGUUGGUGUCUUCCAUCUUCCUGACAAUAAAAGCUUG